AUACUUUUUUCAUACAAGUACAUGGAACACCAGACAACAGGAAUACUUUAAAGAUAUACUAAAGGAUACAUUUGUUUAAAUAAAUCCCACAUUAGUAUAGAUCAGUGUUUCUCAACUCCAGUCCUCAUGGACCCCCAACAGGUCAUGUUUUCAGGAUUUCCAUUAUUUUGCACAGGUGAUUUGAUCAGUUUCACUGCCUUAGUAAUUACCACAGCUGUUUCAUCUGAGGGAAAUCCUGAAAACAUGACCUGUUGGGGGUCCAUGAGGACUGGAGUUGAGAAACACUGGUAUAGAUGCACACAG